UCGUAGCCAGUCAGUCGCCCGCGCGCCGCCAAAGCUUUUGAUCGUGUUUGUACGUGCCGCACAUUUGCGUGCCGCGUAGCGUUACCACGUAAUGAUGUGUGUUGAACUUGCAGAGUGUUUGUGAAACUUUGAGAUUUAAUUCGAUUUGUUUGAGGUGCGAGUCUGAAUUACUGUGGGAGAGUUUAUUUGGAGCUUAAUGAAACAAUUACAUCCGGUUUGCUGUUCGUUUUGUGUCUGUUGAUUUUGGAUGAUGUAUGAUGAUUUUACAUGUACAUAAUAGAAACGUCGACGAAGAACAGAUAACUUAUGAAACGAAUCAGCAUGUUCCACGGUGUUCAGUUUUUAAAUUCAAUUUUGGAAUGUUUCGUUUCGCGCGGAUUGUGUUUAGUGGACUGAUUCUCGUAUGAAAAUCAACGAGUGGUGCCAACAUGGCGCGGAAAGCAGGCCUGCUCUUCGUGCUAUGCGUGACAAUGUUUCCGUUGCACCGAGCUGAUAAUCUUGAACUCCUCCUUGGGACACUCCGAACACACCAAAAAGCUGCCUGUGAUGAGGAGAUGGUGACCCUCAUUUGUCCCAGGGGGACGACAAUUAACAUACAAGUCGCACAGUACAGCGCAUCGGUAACACAGAGUUCCUGUGCAUCAGAGUUAGCACAAUACCAACCUGUCGCCGUGGAAGUGGUGGGGGACUCGUCAUGCACAUGGCCUGGUGCUUUACAGUAUUCCUUGUUACAGACAGUAGUCGAAGCGUGCCAGAAGAAACGCCAAUGCAAAUUCCAUACGAGCCCGAAAGCGUUUGGCAUGGACCCCUGCCCUAGAUCUAGGAGGUUUGUGGAAGUCGCCUACAAGUGCCGUCCAUACGAGUUCCGGAGUAAAGUGGGCUGUGAGAACGACGUACUCCACCUCAGCUGUAACCCCCACUCGAGGGUAGCGAUAUAUUCAGCGCAGUACGGCCGCACCGAGUACUCCAUACAGUGCCCCCAACCUCGAGGAAUGAAGGAGGAAACGUGCCUAGAACCGUAUGCGACGGAGACAGCUAUGAGGGAGUGCCACGGCAAGAGACGGUGCGUUCUGUCGGCGGAUAGUAAGAUGUUCGGGAAACCAUGCCGCCCUGGUAGCAGCACUUUCUUAAAAGUAGUCUAUACAUGUGUGCCACGGACAGUGCUUAAGGAGAGAUACGAGAGUGCGCCCGAAGAGGACGAGGUUGCACAUGACGUAUCCGAUCUUGAACACGACGAUGUUGAUGAUUCUGGAGACCGGUGGUGGGUCGAAUCAGCAGUACCUCCAGCACCAGCCGUUGCUGGCGUACCACCUCAGAGACCUUCAAUGUCUACCAGCAUCAACGCCACAAGUGUCCUCCGAGAUCUAUCUUCUGCCUCGCCUCCCAAUCAACAGAUCACUAAAGAUGAUCAGUUCGAUAUUAUGUAUGUGUACAUAAUCGCUGCAAUCUCUGUGGCAUUAUUGCUCUGCAUCAUAAUCGCUGUUGUGCGGUGUGUUAUGCACAAACAAACCACAGAACCGCCCAAAGGACCCGACGUUUCCGCCACUACGGAAAUUCCCAACGGUUUCAACGAUAGCAUAUCAGAAGUAGACAACGAUAUCAACAUCACUAGUCUUUCCGGUCCGGUGGACACCGUAGACUCGGCCGUCAAGCCAGAAAUGCAAUUCACGAACGUUGCCCUCAGCCCGAAGAUUAAUCGGUACGUCGGUCGCCCCGUGCCUAAUACGUAUCCACACAUCAGUACGAAUAUGUAUGGCCAAGUCGCCGAAUACCCUAUAGAAAUGCCGUUGCGGACUAUGCCUCACGGUACACUAGGUCGUGGAGUGGCAGUGAAAACUUUACCUCGUGUGCAAAUGCAAAACGAAACGGACCCUAAUACGAGAAGUUUAUAUCGAUAUUCCAACGCCCAGUACUACUUCGGGUGACAAGAAGAUAAAGGACAAUAUUCGGACGUGUCGAGGACUUACUGUUUCUAGUUAGUGUAAAUAGUACGUGGUUAUAAGUUUGUAAUGUCCUACUUUAAAUACGGAAACUGUGAUAUUAAUUGAAUCUUUCCUAUUGUGCUACGGACGGUACCCAACUGAAGGCACGGAAAGGCACUAUGAAUGUUGCUAGUUAGGGUGUUGUAGGGAAAAGUUGUAGAACAGUGUUAACCUCCAGAUGACCAAGCUCUUGCUAAAGUUGCUCGCUAACUGCCGUCGUUGAAAGUUUUGCCUCCGGAUCAAUUUAGAGAAAAUGGUUCUUAUGCUAAAGGGAAACGAGUCAUGGAAAUCCAUUCACCCGUAAUUGUUUUAUUGUAUUAGUUCGGGGACUUCUGAUUAGUGAGAUGGAAAUCAAUAAAUCUUUUAUCUUUUUUCAUUAGAGUAAUGAACAAUGCAUAAGGCGAUAGUGAAUAAAGAACUACUUAUAGAUACAUUAAUGGUAUUACAGAUAA